ACCCCCUAUAAUAACUGCCCUUGCAACAUUUUUCUCAACUUUUCAUUUUGAGAAAAUAAUAAAUUUCUCCAUUUUAUUAAUUUCCUUUUCUUUCUUUCAAAAAAAGAAGAUUAGUGUUAAUUAAUUAUCUUAAUUAGAUGAUAAUUAUGGAAAAUAGUACAGAUUCAUCUUCAUCCUUGAGAUCAUCACAAGAACAACACCCGAAAUUGCCACCUGGAUUUCGAUUCCAUCCAACUGACGAAGAACUUGUUGUUCACUAUCUCAAAAGAAAGGCCGCCUCGGCCCCACUUCCCGUCACCAUCAUAGCGGAAAUUGAUCUCUACAAGUUCGAUCCAUGGGAACUACCAAGUAAAGCGAGUUUUGGAGAACAAGAGUGGUAUUUCUUUAGUCCGAGAGAUCGGAAGUAUCCAAAUGGGGCAAGGCCGAACCGAGCAGCAACAUCAGGGUAUUGGAAAGCGACGGGAACCGAUAAACCUAUUAUGAGCUCUAAUGGGUGUCAUGAAAAGGUUGGUGUUAAAAAGGCUUUGGUUUUCUAUGGAGGGAAACCACCUAAAGGUGUUAAAACUAAUUGGAUUAUGCAUGAGUAUCGAUUAGUGGACUCAUCAUCAUCAUCAUCAACAAAUAUUAAUAAUAUUAAUAAUAAUAAUAAUAAUUCAUCUUAUAAUUCCAAUCAUAUUAUUCCUCAACAUCAUCAACAACAACAACAUAGUACUCCUCCUACGCCAAACAAAAAAGCAUCUUUACGGCUGGAUGAUUGGGUUUUAUGUCGAAUAUACAAGAAAAACAAUGGACAGCAGCAAAGUCGAUCACCACCGUUGAUGAUGAAUAAUAUGGAUCAUCAUGAUCAUGAUCAUAUUAUUAUUGAUAAUAAUAAUAAUCACAACAACAAAAAUAAUAAUAAUAAUUUUACUUCUUUAUUACUUGAAAACGAAGAUUGUAGUUUUCUACAAGGAAUAUUAUCAUCAUCAUCAGCUAAUUCAGAUCAAACGGCCAAUAAUAAUGAUCUUCUUCAAAUGGGAGUCAAACGACAACAGCAAUCGUCGUUUUGGACAAAUGAGUUACACGAUCAAGUAUCAAAGCGCUUUCAUGCUGAUCUUAAUAAUACUUCUAAUACGUCGUCGUUUGUUGCUAUAUUAAAUCAAACGGCGUCGUUUCAUCAUCAGAAUAAUUCCAUCCCAGCUGGUUCUGUAAACGACGGCGUUUUGCGUAGUACUAGUAGUAAUAGUAAUAAUAAUACACCACAGUUUCGACUUCCCUCCAUGAAUUGGAACUAGAAUAUUAUAAAAGCUCUUUUUAUUUUUAUUUUUGUGUCAUGUGUAACUUCAUAAAAAAUUUAUAAAAAGAUUAUAGUAAAGAAAAAUAGAAAA